AUGUAUCAUAUGGCGAUUCCAGGAUUGGCUUGGUACGAGGAGUACAACGCCUUUCUCCAGCGCGGGACGAAGCUGUGGACGGGCAUGGCGAUGGAGUAUUGGGUCUGUGAGGUUCCCACCACCGAGAGGGAGUAUGCGAGUCUUGUGGGGGCGGUAACGAGCCGUUUCUUUGAUAUGAGUUUUGGGGACGCUGCAGCGCCUACCAUCGUUCCCGAGGACUCCAUCAGCUACCGUGGGGGCGAUAGCAUCCUAGAGGAGGUCAACGGCAUUGGGAUGGAUGACGCUUCCGACACCGUUCCCAACGCCGGCGAAGAGCCCGUGAGUACCGGUGGGGAUGAUGAGGACUCUUCUGGAAGUGAUUGUAGUGGAGACGGCGACGCUCCUGACGAUGAAUCGAAUCUAGUUGUCGACUCCGCAAACGCCAAUGGGAGUGAUGGGAGCUCUGCUGUGGGCAAUUGGGUUGAGAAUGGGGAAGCUCCUGGCGCGAAUCCGAUCGUGUCGACAACUCCACAAUAUCCGGUAGCGACCACACGAGCGUUUUGCUGGGUUACGUGCGUGAGAUCAUCGUCAACAGUGGUGGUGUUCAAGAGAUCGUCAUGA